CGUCCUGUUUACAGCCUUGGUAUCCACGCGUUGCCUGCUUGUUUGGUUGAUUUUGGUUGGGUCGCGGCCGCUUCUCGGGUCCUACUUUCCUGUGUUGGAAUUUCACGGUAACAUAAAUUGUGUCCUGAAUUCCAAACUCGGUAGCGAAUCCCCCGUCGUUACUUGAUCCGUGUGUCCCUGACCCUGGCAAUGCUGGCACUCGGCAGCACUUCGUGUAAAUUUGGCUCUGGUGUCAGUAAGUGAAGUGAUGCCGUUUCUGGUGUUGGGUGUGCCAGUGCGGGGUAGGUACAUUCUCUAUUUCUCAAGGAGGAUGCUGCUCUGCUACGAAAAUGACGUGCGACAGUAAAAAUCAUUUUCAAGGAACUCAGCAUUGAAUUGACAGAGAUAGUUGGAGAAAUUUCACGGGAGUCAUUUAUGUGUGCCACUGCCACCUUUACUGCAUUCCAUUCAGAAAAAUCUAACCUGUGAUUGUUUAUUUGCAUGAGGGGUUAGUAUCAUUUUUAAAGCCCCGGUGGUAAUUUAUCAGCUAGUUGAUGAGUUUAUUUAUCCUUGAUCAUUACUCCCUCGGUCCCAAAAUAAGUGUUGUUUUAGCAUUCAAAUUUUGUCCCACAAAGAUUGUUGUUUUAGCUUGUAAUGAGAUCCAUCUAAUUAAAGCAAUACAAAGUACCAAGAAAAUAUUGUAUAAGAAAACGUAUAGAGCCAUUAAAAUACUAAGUAGAUGUUACUUUUCCAGUUCUAAUGCAUAUGCAUUCAUUGAGCAUCCAGAAAACCAAAUAAAUAACACAGUUUUCAAUCACAAUUGCUAGAAGUAAUUAGGGCGUAACAAACUCAUUUCUUAGGAUGAGUAAUGUAUCUGAAAUUUUCCAAAACAACACUUAUUUUGGGACGGAGGGAGUACAUCUUAUGGUGCAUACCCUUAAGGUAAAGGUACUCCAUUUUUGCGAGAAUGUCAACAUAGUAAUGCAUUUGUUGAAUUAGUACACACUAUUUGGUAGAAAUAUUAUAUCGCAUUAGGGCAUUUUGGUGAUCAUCUUAUCUGGACAGUUGUUAAAGUUGAUCUCCUGACGUCUCCCUCCUCUCCUCGGGAUCUUGUUAGUCCCUAAAUUGCUCUCCUACGUCUGAAAAUUAACUAUUAUUUUGUAGCUUGACAUCAAGAUUUCUGGAUGAUGCUAAAAUUUGAUACUGGUUUGAUCCUUUUAUGAUUUGUGAGCACACUUUUGGAAAGCUGGGAACUUGUUAGUUACUGCUUAGAAUACACAUUUCAUGCUAAAAAAUAGUGAGACUUAGCAUUUUUCAAGCCAAAACAAUCUGUGAAAAGUUCUUCACUUUGAUCUCUCUGACUGACUAAGCUGAACCUGUACUCUGUUUUUCAUUGAACCUCUGAUCCCUACUCAAUUUUGGAGAUGCUUUACAGUUUUAUAAGCACUGUAUAUUUGUUUUAUGAUCUAGUUUUAUUAUUUCGUAUCGUAUCUUAUAUUUCUGUGCUCUCAAUAUGUUGUUAGGAAUGGAAGAAAGUAACCCCCAGGUUUUUCUGUUUAUCUGCAUAAUUACCUUAAGCUCUUUUGCUGACCACCUGCUUAUUCUGUUCUGUUAUCUGUUGCUGCCGUAUUUCCACUGUAGCUUUUCUUCUGAUCAGUAUUCUCAAUGCAGUGUUUGGUCUGAUUAGUAUCCUUAUACCCCUUUUUCUAUGCUCUCGAUAUGUCACUAGUAAUGGAAGAAAGUACCCCCAGGCGGGGGAAAUUUCUCAGUUCCACUGUGGGAGAAGAAAUUUUGCACCGAUGCAUGCGCCAUCCCCUGGGCUAAACUGUGUGAGACCAAGAGAUUGAUGUCUCUGUACAAAAAUGUUGUGGAUUGGGAGGACUCAGCUGCAUUAGAAGCCUUCAAUGAUGCAAAGGCGCGCUUCUGUGCUGUAUAUCAUGGUCAACAUUGUGAUAUCCCUUUGCCUGACCCAGCCAUGUAUAUCGAUACAGUUAACCCAGAUGAACAUGUUGAUCCUGAAUUGGUGGCUGAUCUGGAGAAGUCACGCCGUCGUGUCCCAAGAAAAGAUAACGGUAUUCCUGAUGUCUGGGACUCCUUUAUUUUCUCAGACAAGCCAGUUCCGGUUACAGGAUGGGGUGACACGGAGACGAGCAAUACUGCCGGCCAGCAACACUCUGUAUACUGGGACAGUCAUUAUGAGCAGCCUGAGGAAGCAAAUUGUAAGCAAACCUCGGGAAAUUGGGACUAUUAUGUUGAGCAGCCCGCUCAAACAUUUCUUGAGCAAAGCACCGGUAAUUGGGACGUGUAUGAGGAACAGCAAGAUCAAACCAGAAGCUGGAGGGAGCAGACCAAUCCCUGCAUCGCCAACUGGAACAUGAGAGAUGGCUCCCAGGAUACAUUGAAACAUGAUUACGGCUGGGGUUCUGCAGCCACUCAGACUGAUCCAUGGGACAACCAUCAAGACAGCUAUGGUGUGCCUGAUGGCCAGGGCGUGUCAUAUGGACACUGGACUCACUGGAGAAGGCGGAACAAUGAGUCAAGCAGGAGCAGCAAGAACAGAGAUAGAGGAGGCCCCAUCAGUGCUAAGCCGAUGAAAUCAAAGUACCAGGCAGAUGAGCACAGUGGUGUGCAUAAUAGCUGGAGGCACUGCCGGGUAAGAAAUGACAUGCAUUAUUACUCUUAUGAGCAAGCUGGUUACGCUAAGCAGUCACUAGCUAUGUAAUUAAGAAGCUACUGGGGGCUGCAGCUAUUUAGAGAAGAUACCAAGAUUUCCUCUCUGCCAGGCACUUCUGUCUUCGGAGGUGUCAUUUGUUUUGCACCAGCAGUAGUAAUUGUGGUCAUCUUUGGAUAAGGUAGAGUAGAGCUAGCAAAUUAUCCUGUAGGUUACGUCUCCUCGAAGCUGCUGUAGAUAGUACUGACUACCAGCCUAGUGACAGUUUUGUUGAGCCAUUCAUUGGCGCCCAUCGUUUGUGUAUAUAUGUCGAGUGUCGAGCUCCCUAGCUUCUGUUUACUAGCUGUAUUGCAGCUUCAGCGUUACUGUAAUAAGAAAUGAGGAUGGUGCCUAAUUUAUGUCUAAUAAAUCAGUCACGACAUUUGUCUUGACCAAUUUGUAAGCCAGGAUGCUCUGUUCCUAAUGGCAGGAAUGAAAGCUUGAUAUCCUGUCUUGUUCA